AUGACCUGUGGAUCGUCAUGCUUUAGCUCCCGUAGUGGAGUCUGCAAAUCCAGCUCCUGUGGGACGACUCAAAGGUACAGUUCUGGUGGUGCCUUCAGCUGCGUCUCCGCCUGCGGGCCCCGGCCUGGCCACUGCUGCAUCACGGCCGCCCCCUACCGCAGCAUCUCCUGCUACCGCGGCCUCACCGGGGGCUCCCGCAGCAGUUCCUGCAGCCGCAACUUCGGGUACCGCUCAGGGGGCGUGUGUGGACCCAGCCCUCCCAGCAUCACCACCGUGUCGGUCAACGAGAGCCUCCUGGCGCCCCUCAACCUGGAGAUCGACCCCAACGUGCAGUGCGUGAAGCAGGAGGAGAAGGAGCAGAUCAAGAGCCUCAACAGCAAGUUUGCUGCCUUCAUUGACAAGGUGCGCUUCCUGGAGCAGCAGAACAAACUUCUGGAGACCAAGCUGCAGUUCUACCAGAACCGCGGGUGCUGCCAGAGCAACCUGGAGCCGCUGUUCGAGGGCUACAUCCAGAUGCUGAGGCGGGAGGCUGAGUGCGUGGAGGCCGACAGCGGGAGGCUGGCCUCAGAGCUCAACCACAUGCAGGAGGUGCUGGAGGGCUACAGGAAGAAGUUUGAAGAAGAGGUUGCCCUGAGGAACACAGCAGAGAAUGAAUUUGUCAGAAUCAAGCAGGAGGUUAACAGUGCCUACGUGCGCAAGGCAGAUCUGGAGGCCAACGCCCACAGCCUGGUGGAGGAGAUGGGCUUCCUGAAGACCCUGUAUGAGGAGGAGAUACGAGUCAUCCAAGCCCACAUCUCAGACACCUCCAUCAUUGUCAAGAUGGACAACAGCCGGGACCUAGACAUGGACAGCAUUGUGGCUGAGAUCAAGGCUCAGUAUGAUGAUAUUGCCAGCCGCAGCCGGGUUGAGGCUGAGUCCUGGUACCGCAGUAAGUAUGAGGAGAUGAAGGCCAUGGUGAUCCGGCAAGGGGAGACCCUGCGCCGCACCAAGGAGGAGAUCAAUGAGCUGAACCGCAUGAUCCAGAGGCUGACGGCCGAGGUGGAGAAUGCCAAGUCCCAGAACUCCAAGCUGGAGGCAGCAGUGACCCAGUCUGAGCAGCAGGGUGAGGCGGCCCUUAAGGAUGCCCGCAGCAAGCUGGCGGGGCUGGAGGGUGCCCUGCAGAAGGCCAAGCAGGACAUGGCCUGCCUGCUCAAGGAGUACCAGGAGGUGAUGAGCUCCAAGCUGGGCCUGGACAUCGAGAUCGCCACCUACCGGCGCCUGCUGGAGGGCGAGGAGCAGAGGCUGUGUGAAGGCAUCAAUGCUGUGAACAUCAAUGUGAGCAGCUCCCGGGGCGGAGUCGUGUGUGGGGACCUCUCAGCCUCCUGUACCUGCGGCAACAGGUCCCGUGGGAUGGGAGCCUGUGGCAGCAGCUGUAAGAAGUGUUAA